GAAUCUCUGGUUUCCUGAAAGGAAUGUGAAGUCGGUCUAAUAGCUUUUGUUGUGCCAUUCUAAACAAAUUUGUCAUCUUUCAGUUAAUUGAUUUGUUCUUUUGACAAAACUAUGAGGAUAAACUAGUGAGAUCUAUUUCUCUGCAUUCUGAUUUGCAAAGCUAUGCGAGUAAUUCCCUUUUUGAAGUUUACAGAUUGAACAUUAUAAAAUGGCCUAAGAAAGUUUGUUCAUAUAUUAUCGUUGAGGGAUGUGAAAUCUGUUAGCACUCAAGAGUUCAACCAUUACAAAUAAGAUUUAGGAAUGCACUUGAUAGUACAAGUUGGUUUAUAUUAUGUUCGAGAGAUGGAAAAUUGCAAUGAAUGGAGAAAAAGAAAAUUCCAUAGGUUUAGCUGGAGGUACGAGAGUAGAUGAUCUUUGAUUUUUUUUUUAAAAGCAAGGUCAUUGGGUGGACCCCAUGACUAUUUUUUAUUAUCAUUAGUAAUAAUUAAAAGAGUCUUCCAUCAAAAAGCAAAAAGCCACUAACUACUAAAAAAAAUUAAAGAAAGCAAAAAAAAUAAUAAGACUAAAAAAUGGCCAAAAGUCUUGUUCAGACCAUUCUUGAGCGGCCCUUUCAGUUCACUAUCCUUGCCGGCGAGAGACAAGUUGUUUCCGGUGAAGCUUGUCAUUUCUGCCAUUUAUCUCAGCUCCGAGGUAAUUGUUGUGCUAUUUGUUGUUCUCCUUUUUCUUCCUUCGAAUUAUCUGUCUUCUGCAAGAAAUGAUUGGGCUUUUCUGCUAUGUAUCUGAGUCAAAAUCUCGCAGCUACAACAUGGUCCUUUCAUUGUGUCGAUUGUAUUUCUUCUUGCUGUAACUCAAGCCGAUUUUUAGAUCUAUUAUGAUUUGGGUUUCUAUUGUUAAGAAGUUGGUAUGCCUGUUGUUGUUCCUCUGUUGGGGUUGGGUUUAUUUACUGUGUCUUUUCCUUCUUUGCUGAUUUUUGUCAUAUUGUCCUUGUGUUUCUUUGCUGGUUCUGGAUUUGGAGCAAGCACUGAUGUGGAUUCAUUUUUCACCAAGUCCAAGGUUCGUCCAGCUGCAUCUGCUGUAGGCCCCCCAAAAGGUCUUGGUAUGCAGCUAGGUAAAACACAAAGGACCAAUCAAUUUCUGGAAUCCCUGAAAGCUGAGGGUGAAGUCAUUGUCGAAGAUGUCAGACCAAGCAUUGGUCAGUCCAAGCCAGCUGCUGCACCACCAACUGAUCCUGUCACCCUGACUGUUGAAGAGAAAAUUAAUGUAACAUUAAAGCGUGACGGCGGUAUCAGCAACUUUAAUGUCCAGGGUACCUUAUCUCUCCAAAUUCUGAACCAAGAAAAUGGACUUAUCCAAGUUCAGAUUGAAACCAGUGGUAAUCCAGCCAUCCUCUUCAACACACACCCAAAUAUCAAUAAGGAGUUAUUUUCUAAUGAAAAUAUUCUAGGCCUCAAAGAACCUAGUAGGCCUUUUCCUGCUAAUCAAUCUGGUGAUGGAGUUAGUCUCUUGAGAUGGAGAAUGCAAAGUGCAGAUGAGUCGAUUUUACCUUUAACUAUUAACUGCUGGCCUUCAGUUUCUGGGAAUGAAACCUAUGUGAAUAUUGAGUAUGAAACCCCAGCACAAAUUGAUCUACAGAAUGUUGUGAUUUUUGUACGUCUCCCAGCUCUCAGGGAAGCCCCACGUAUACAGCAGAUUGAUGGAGAGUGGAGGUAUGAUUCCAGAAAUUCUGUUCUGGAGUGGUCUACAGUUCUCAUUGACAAUUCUAAUCGCAGAAAAAAAAAAUCAAAAAAUCUAUUUACCCCCCAAAAGAGUUUGAGAUUAGUUGAAGAGAAUAGCCUUGGGUUGAGCGAUAGACGAAGCUUCGAAUUUGGUGGACCAAUAAUUUCAAGAGAAACUAUUUUCUAUAUUGAGAAGUUGCCGAGGUCAAACUAAGAUCAAGAGUGAAUAGAUAGACAUGGAACGUAUUAGAAAAUAAUUUGUUGAUCG